AUGUUUGAUCGAUCGCCGAGUUUCAUCACCAACUCGCCUCUUCCUCGCGUCCCAAGUCCCGGAUUCUCGGUGAGCGGUAAGGACAAGCGGAUUAGUGUGAUUUCAAGCGUUGGAACCGAAACGACGGCAAGUAGGUCAGUGCGGGAGCUCAGUGACACUGCGAGCCCGAGCUUGAGCUCGAGCACCCGGGGCUCUUCCAGACAUCCUUUCUACCCACCGGACGAGUACCAUCUGGCCAGCCUGAACGACUUCGCGAUCCCGCAUCCCAGCCAUACCGGGCCUCGUGUCAACCAACACUCCUUCCUCCACAACUCCGCCCCUCUUGGACCAAACCUCGCGACGCUGGGUGCCGAUCACGUCGCAGACCUUUCACCCACUCUUGCUCCCGCUUCGACCAUACACUCACCGCUCGCUCCUCCUUUAGUUUUAGGCACGCCGCACAGCCUCGACGACGACGCGACCCCUCCCACAACUGCAGGCGGCGCCAGAUCCAGACCACCGGACGGUCGAGUCUUCACUCCAUCGCCCAACCUUUCCCCCUCCAGCCGCGGUCCCACGCCUCAGGGGUCCAUCUUGUCGACACCGUUUGAGGAGCGGGAGGACUGUCCGCCCUUCGGAGGACUCCCGCGCAUCCCCAUCCAUCCACUUGACGCAUCAUCCUUUGGUGGCUCGGGUGCAGCAGGGACCACUGGCAUCGCUUCUUUGACUGUCCCAGGCGACGACAACGAGCACCGCAACAACUUUGAGGACGGCGCCAGCAACAUGCACGACAGCCUCCGUGUUCACAAGCAUCGGGGCCAACAUUCCCCAGGCCCUUCCCCUGAACCAUCGCCCAAGGGGUCUCACUCCCCUCUCCAGUCUGACGCGCGCUCCAUCAAGAGUAACAAGCGACGACCACACCCUCCAAUGUACGACGGUGGAUACCUCGGGAGUCCAAGCGACGCGUAUAACUCUCUAACGCACCAUCCUCAUCAUACCGCACCACCCAGUCCCCAACCGAGGCAGUACCACAUGCUGCCGCCUAGUGGGCAUCCUCUGUCCCGCACAGCACCGAGACCACCAGCGAUCGACACGGACUUGCACGGAUACGAUCCUAACGCCGGGCCCAGCUUCCGCCACCCAUAUUUCUCCCAACAUCACGAUCAGGGACACUUCCAGCCUGUCCGUCAAAGGAGCAACCGCGUCUCGCAGAUGACCACGUCGUCCGUAUCCAGCGACGCGUCGUCGGCCAUGUCUCCGUCUGGGGUGCGUCCCGGCCAGCCUUGGGGUCUCCCCUCGGGCUUCGAGAAACGCCCGACGGUUCCCACGGUCUUUGAGGAUGAACCAUUGGACGACAUCGAGUACGAUGGUGCGACUGGCGCCCACGAGUUUGGGCAGCGUACCGGCGACUGGCAGAGCGACCGCGACAGCUUUCCCAGAGCCUCGGGCGGCGGACUACAGCUCUCACAUUCUGCGCCCUCGUCCAGCCGGACAUACGGCGGCCCGCCGUCCGCUUAUGGCGGUCCUUCUUCGAGGCAACAUCGGGCUUCCACCGUAUCAAACGCGACGACCUCCUCGAACAAGAGCAAAGGGUCAAACCAUCCUUUCGCGAUGAACCGUGCACCAUCGCCUCUCCUUGCUCCCCCCGAACAGCUUGCCCCUCCUGGUCAAGCCGUGAAUGUCUCGCGCUCCCUCCCAUCCCUCUACGACAGUUUCAAGACACACGCGACCCCUAUGCCAGCUCACCAGGUCGCUCUUGUGAGCGCUGAGGACGAACAGGACGACGCCAUCUGCCCUCUCUGCACCGAGAGCUUGAGCUUCUCCUAUCGUUUACCAGGGGAGAAGCCCCACAUCGUUCCGGAAUGUGGGCACGCGUUACACAACGAUUGCUUCAUCGAGUGCUACGGCCGGGUUCCGCCAGAGGGGUCACGCCCCACGUUGGGCGUGUGCGGGAUGUGUCGCCAACCGAUGGUGGUGUCGAGCCGAGGCCAGGAGCAUGGGUCUGGAAAGAACAAGCUGGCUGCGCUUAUGGGUGGUGACGACGGACCAUCGAUGGGGGUCAGUCCACAAGACGAACAGGGGGACGAUGCCCUGGAGCCAAACGGUCACGAUGAGCGGCCUCCUAACGAUAGGAACGUCCUUGUUCCCAGCAUCUCGAUCAAGUCCGAGUUCCCGUCGGUUAGGCGGAACGCGAGGGACAAGCAAAUGCUCACAGCGAUGCUCACAAUUGAGGUGCCACACGGAUUGAGUCGGUCGCUGUACGGCCCUCGGUCUCGUCGUGAGGCCUCCCAUGGAGACGAGCCGUUACCCCCAUCUCCUAUGUCGGCCACAUCCUUCCGCGAGUCGAUGAUGGUCAUGGCCAACGGCGGCGGCCAGAGUCACUUUGCCAACAUCGAACUUGAACUACGAGACCGUGUAGAGGACUACGCAACGUCUGGCAUCGGGUCCCUGGGCCAUCUCAAGCUGUACGACAUCCUCAAGGUCCGCAAGCGAGACGUGAGCGGCGACCUGCAGCUGUACCUGUUCGAUUAUGGCCUAGUGUGCAUCAGCGAGGAGCGUCGCUCGUCGACUCUGCGAAACCUGUUUGGCACUCACCGCCAUCAGGCCGACAGGAAGAAGGUACCCAAGACGUACCUCAAAAUCCGCGGGCGGGUGCACCUGCAUCACAUCCUUGCUGUGCAAGACACGUCUUCCAACAGCGAGCACGUUCUCACGUUGGACGUCGAGACGGAGGACGACGGCCACCACCUCUUCCACAUCUACUUCCGAGACAGCGGGUCUCUAGAGAUGUGGCACAAGACCCUGGUGCGCCUGCAUCAAGAAGCCAUGGUCCACACACAGUCCAAAGCCUCCAAGCUCACUGGAUUGCACGCCGGCAACCGACCAACUCGCGCGCCUCCCCUUACUCCCACCAUGGCACCGUCUUUCACCGACUUUGUCGACUCGUGCUUGACGACCUGUGGGCCACAGUGCCCUGGUGGUCUGGCGUUCCAGAUUCCUCUCGCUCCUAUCCACACGCCGAUAGACCUUGUGAUUGCGGUCUCGACAGUUCCCGUUCCCAGGGGCACGCGCAUCGGGCGCAAGCAGCUCACGCUGCGCAACGCGCUGCAGUGCGCGCUUGCGUGCAUGGGCCCACGAGACCGCAUCUCUCUGGUCUGCACCGAGCUCGGCGCUAACGGCGUUAUGAGGCGCACCCCACUGCUAAACCCUACGCACCACGAUUCACGCCUGCGCCUGGAGACAUUCAUCGACAUGCUCUGCCUCGGAGAGAUGGAAAACGACGAGUUUGCGGUCAAACCUAGAGGCGAGGAACGGGCUGAUGUUGCAACGGCAGUCAACCUCGCCCUCGACGUGAUCCUCAGUCGCAAAGCUAAGAACCCCCUCACGGGCGUGUUGGUCGUCAGCGACCUGCCCGAACCAACAAGCAAGUCGCACAUGAGCAUGGUCAACGCCCGCCUUGAGGCCGCCAAGAUCCAGAUGCAUACUUUCGGUUACGGCAAGGCUCACGAGCCAUCGCCACUAUGGGCAAUGACGAACCAGACGAGCGGGACCUACACCUUCGUGCGCGAAUGGCACGACCUGCGCGACGCCAUUGUGGGCUGCGUCGGUGGCCUCAUGUCGGUCGCCCUGACCAACAUGAAGCUGCGCCUGACCUGCACAGAGAAGGACUUCCGAGUGCAAAAGGUACAGGGCGCGCCCUCGGCUAUCGUGCACUCGAAUGGCAAGACGGUCGAUGUCGACUUGCACGUGCUGCGGCACUCGGAGCGGCGCGAGAUCCUGAUCGAAUUCGAGGUGAUCGACCCGAACGACCCGCCGUCGCCCGAGUCCGAGUGGCGAUCGAGCGAGCACCCGAUAUCGCCCAUCGACGACGACGUGCGCUCGCACCACUCACUGGCCCGCAAGGAGAGCAUGAUGACGAGCGGGGCCAGUGUGCGCUCGCGCCCGAGCAUGCGCGGCCAGAUCGUGGGCGGCCUCGGCAUGAACUUGAUGCACGACGAGAACGGGAUUGUCGACGAGGUGCCAGUCCUUGAGGUCGACUGCUCGUUCCAUGACCCGGCUGUCGGACGCUCCGCGGCGCGACUGACCAACCCCGUUCUCCUCACCAUGGCGGUUCUGCCGGCAGGCACGCAGACCUCGGCGACGGGAGAUCCCACGAUUGUGCGCCGGCGCAUGGAACUGGUGGCGAGCGACAUGAUUACGCGCUCGGUCCUCGCAGCGUCGCGCAAGAACUGGCCGCUGGCGCUCAACAUGCUUCGCGGGACAAAACGUACUGGCGAGGGACUGUGCGACAUGCUUCGCCAGCAGCUGGCCAUGCUCCAGUCGGCGCGCAGCCCGACAGGUGCACGUACAAGGCGCGAGAUGAUCGUGCUCCAUGCGGUUGAGGGCCUCGCCGCAACUGCGCAGGACGUAGACGCCUUUAUCGACGGUAUCGAGGAGAGCCGCGAGAUGUUCGAGGCAGACCAUCGCAACUAUGCCGCACAGCAGGCCGUCGUCCUCAAGACACAGAGAAGCUGGACGAUGCGCACGCCCACAGAACUUCAUUACGCCACGCCGUGCGUGCAGCAGCUCAUCCAGGCAGGACGCGAGUGGAAGGCGCGCCAGGGAACGAGCUAA